GUGUCAAACAUCUUCAUCAUGAGGCAGAAAAAUAUGAUGUUGGUGUAUACUUUGAAGCUAAUGGACAUGGAACUGUUUUAUUUAGUCCAAAAGCUUUAAAAACGAUUCGAUCUUCUAAAGGACAAACAGCAGAGCAGGAAAAUGCAAUCGAAAAAUUACGCGCGUUAACCGAAUUAAUUAAUCAAACAGUCGGUGAUGCCUUAUCAGAUUUAUUAUUUGUAGACGCUAUCUUGACUAAUCGUCAAUGGACAUUAAAGCAAUGGGAUCAAGCUUAUACCGACUUACCAAAUCGUUUAGUAAAAGUUGUUGUUGAAAAUCGUCAUAUAUUUAAAACUAUUGAUGCUGAACGACAACUUGUAGAACCAGCAGGUCUUCAAGCACAAAUCGAUGAAUUAGUAUCCAAAUAUAAAAAUGGUAGAUCUUUUGUUAGGCCAUCAGGAACAGAAGACGUUGUACGUGUAUAUGCUGAAGCAGCUAGCAGAGAAGAGUGUGAUGAAUUAGCUUAUAAGGUUGCAGGGUUAGUUUAUGACCAAGCUGGUGGUACUGGUGGUAAGCCUAAAGAAUUUUUAUAA